AGAGUCUAGUAAUGAGACACCGAGACUGAGAGAGGACAGAGAGUGUAAAACAGCAAAAAUGGCGUCUGCAAAUGAAGACAUCGGUCUCCAUCGAAAGCAACUCGCUGUUUCGUCCCUCUGUAAACACCUGAAAUUGGAUCCGAAAACUUUCUUGGAUAAUGUCAUGCAAAGUGAUUUUAAGAGCUUGUGUGCAGAUAUUUUGAAGGCUAAACAGGAUGAGGUGAUGAAGUGGAUAGCACAUGCAGAGGAUUUUCCUGUAGAUACUGAGGCAUGCCUUAGAGCACUAAAUGAGUUAAAUGAAGACUUGGCUCAGAAGUCCGUUCUUUUGGGCGGUGGAAUGAAACCCUCUGAAGCUGAUGUUGUUGUAUUUUCAGCAAUACACUCGUCCGUGAUUGGACUUUCAGAACCAGAUAGGGAUAAAUUGCCACAUUUGUUGAGAUGGAUGGAUUACAUCCAGAAUAAGGAUGAUUUUGGGGAAUUAUUUGGAACAAUCCUGCUAGAGAAGCCUGGAUUUGAGCCUCCUACAUGGACAAAUGUAGCUAAUUUGGAAGCAGAUUCAAAUGCUAAAGGCGCCAAAGAUGCAAAUAGUUCAGAAGCAGGCUUGAAUAUAAAGAAAAGUGCUGAUAAGAAAAAGGUCAAAGGAGACAACAUAGUUGCUGUAGAGAAGAAGAAAGUGCCUGAGAAAGAUACAGCCGAGAAAGAUAAAGUAACUAGUGUUAGUUUGCUCAAAAUACAGGUUGGUGUAAUCCGGAAUGCAUGGAAACAUCCAUCAGCAGACAGUUUACUGGUUGAGGAGAUUGAUGUUGGCGGCCCUAAGGUGCGGCAGGUGGUCAGUGGUCUGGCAAAGUAUUGCAGUCCAGAUGAGUUAAUGAACCGCCGCGUGGUUCUAAUCACAAAUGUAAAACCUGGAAAGCUACGAGAUGUGAUGUCAGAAGGAUUGGUGUUGUGUGCUUCUAGUGAAGAUCAUUCUGAUGUGGAGCCUUUGUUGGCUCCCGAAGGGGCCAAAGUUGGGGAGUGUGUUUCAUUUUCUGGACACGAUGGAAAGCCUGAAGACGUUUUAAACCCAAAAAAGAAACAGCUGGAGAAGAUAACCCCAAAUCUGUUCACCGACAACAAGGGGGUGGCAAUGUUCAAGGGAAUACCAUUCAUGACGUCUGCUGGGCCAUGCACAUCGUCCAUUCGCAACGCGAGCAUCAAAUAAUGACAAUAACAACGAGGGCAUGAUGUGCAUUUGGUAUCAUUAAUAUACGUUGGACUAAAACCUUUCUGUUGGACCAUACAAUGUAGCCUACCGUUCACCGGUUCAUGUCUGAGUAGUUCUUUUUUUCCCUUAAGCUAAUGCGAAAACAAUGCUCUAAAAUGAAAUCAAAGUUGUUGAUCAAUCAAUGUUAUUUAUAUUGUUGUCAUUGUUUAGGCUUUUGUAAGAGUUACUUGUUCAAUUUGGAUGUCAUUUUAUACUAUAGACAAGCAAAACUCAGCUCGAGAGUAUUCGAUGUUGCAUAAUGUUUCUUGACUUGUAAUUUGAGCAAACCAGCACUAAUUCUUAUUCAACUAUUAAUGUGUCUGCUUAGA